AUGGGAUCCUGCUUUUCUUCUCUUGGUGGUGGCAACGACAAGUCUCUGAACCGUACUGAGACUAGUCGUGGUAACGAAUUGCAGCGCACGACCUCGUCGUACACGGGCUCUGUGGCUGAUGGCAUGCGCUACUCCGACAAUGCUAGGCCGACUGACCGCGAGCACCUGACUGCCUCGCAGGCUUAUAAGUCCAAGACGCUCGAAGAGCGCAUCAAGCAGGCGGAGCGUGAGAACCGCUCGCGUAUGUAG